AUGCGCUUCUCAGUCCUCGCAACUGCGCUCUUCGCCGCCGGCGCCGCGCUCGCCCAGCGUUCCCCAAAGCCUUCAUUGGCCGGGGGAGUCUACACCAUCAACGGUGCAAACUACAAGAACAGAGCCUUCUUCGACUUCAGUACUCUGAAGAAGGGAGCUGCCAUUCCCAAGGGGUUGAUUGUCAGCGGCUACAAGGUUGCAAACACCCACAAGUACGAAGUCGCCAACUCGUUCAUCCAAGACGGUUAUCUCACCCUGCGAGUCCCCGGUAAUCAGGCAGCAAAGCCUUUCAAGAGUGCUGAGGUUGUCACGCAAGUGACAAACAUCAAAUACGCCUCGGUCAGGACUGUUGCUAUUCUUGCCGAUCCUCCCGGAGUCUGCAAUGGAAUGUUCUUCUACAAGAAUGACAACCAGGAGAGUGACAUCGAGUGGCUCUCUGACUCGUUGACCCAGAGCAACAACGGUCGAGGCAACACCCGCAAGAUCUGGUUCGCGAACCAGGAUGCGGACGGCGAUGGACAAAAGACUUGGACCGCAGUCGCAGCCCCGGCCAACCCCACUGCUACCGAGCACGAGUACCGUAUCGACUGGGUGGCCGCGGCCGGUGGAUCGCCAGCCAUGGUCAAGUUCUACCUCGACGGCCAGGAAUCGUGGCGAACGACCAAGGACGUUCCGACGGUUGCGGGACCCUGGGUUUUCAACAACUGGGCCAACGGUGACAAGGGAUGGAGCUGUGGGCCUCCUGGAAAGGAUGCCGACUUCAAGAUCAAGGAGAUCGACAUCUACUACAACACUGCCUGA